AUGAAAUUAAGCAAUUUAUUUUAUGUUUUUGCGUUGCUUAUCUCCAUGAACGUUUUCGUUCAAGGAAAGAAUGUCAAUGUUGAUAACAUAGGCAUGACUAAAAUUGAUGAGAUGCAAAAGAGAAAACAGCAACAAAAAAUAAUAAUGAUAUCUACUGUUGUUACUGGUAUUGCUUUACUAUUAGGUAGUGCUUUAGGCUUAGGAUACCUUAGUAAAUCUAAUAAAAAAGCUGAAGUACCAGAUGAAGAAAAGGAUGAAAACAAAAAAGUAGAUGCAGGAAAAAAUUCCAAAGAAUCCAAAGAAUCCAAAGCUGAAGAAAAACAACACAAAUCUGAAGAGAGAGAUAGUAAAUUAUCCUCAUCAAGAUCUACAGUAGCACCAUCUACUGUUUAA